CAAGUCCAGGGUUACCCGAUUACAGAGAUAGGAGAGAGGCAGAGACACGGCGGCGCCGCCUGCUGCACUUUCUACACUCUGAUCGUACGUCUUCUCAAAAUGAAUAUCUCUCUCAAACUUCCUACACGAUUCUCAUCACUUCGUCUGUCUGCAUCUAAUUACCAUAAAUUCUCCUUCCAUGAAAAAGACGCGCUCGACCUCCUCAAACAAUCAUCCCUAGCUAAGAAAUUAGCAAUCGGGAAGCUAAUCCAUGCCCACUUUAUAGUAACUCAUCGAGCCACCGAAGACAACGUAAUAGAAACCAACACCUUAAUUAACCAUUAUUCAAAAUGUGGCCAUGUUCACAUCGCACGUAAACUGUUCGAUAGAAUGCGCCACAGAAAUAUUGUCACAUGGAGUGCAUUAAUGGCAGGUUAUUUACACAGCGGCUCUCCCGUAGAAGCCGUAAGAUUAUUCAGAAACAUGGGUGAUCUAAGGCCAAACGAAUAUGUUCUCGCAACGAUCAUUUCUUGCUGUUCUAAAGUUGGAUUCGGGUUAUUUAAGGAAGGAAUCAUUUGUCAUGGAUAUGCUUUCAAGUCCGGAUUCAUCUUUCAUCUAUACGUUAAGAACGCACUUAUUUACAUGUACUGUAUGUCUUCCGAUGUAGAUGCUGCAUGGAGAAUUCUUGAAUCCGUACCUGGUUCUGAUGCUUAUACUUACAAUUCGUUAAUUAACGGACUCGUUGAACAAGAACAUGUAAACGAGGCUUUAAGAGUUUUGGAUAUGAUGGUGAUCGAGAAUUUGGAAUGGGAUAGUGUCACUUACGUUAAUGUAUUCAGCCUUUGCUCGCGUAUUAGAAAUUUGAAACUCGGUUUGCAGGUUCAUUGCAGAAUGGUAAUAACGGGAGAUUUUGAUUACAAUACCAAUUCCAAUUCCGAUGAGUUUAUUGUCAGUGCGAUCAUCGACAUGUAUGGGAAAUGUGGCGACAUUUCAUUGGCGAGAAAAAUCUUUGACGUGCAGAAAACAUUAAACGUUGUAUCUUGGACGUCAAUCUUGACUGCCUACCUUCAGAAUGGAUUCUUCGAGGAAGUGCUUAAGCUAUUCUCGAAGAUGGAUUCGACCCGAGUAAGGCCUAACGAGUAUACGAUUGCAGUGCUGCUUAAAUCUUGCGCCGGCUUGUCAGUUAUUGGACAAGGGAGUUCGGUUCAUGGCCGAGCUUUGAAAGGAGGAUUUGCGGAUCAUGUCAUUGUAGGAAACGCUUUGAUCAAUAUGUAUGCGAAAGGUGGGAAUAUUGGAGCUGGGAGGAUAGUUUUUGUUGAGAUGAUAUAUAGAGAUUGUAAGACGUGGAACGCGAUGAUAAACGGGUAUGCUCGUCACGGUCUUGGUAAGGAGGCGUUGGGUGUGUUUGAAGAGAUGUUGGCGGUUAAAGAGCGUCCGAAUUAUGUAACUUUUGUGGGGGUUUUAUCGGCUUGUGGACAUCUUGGCUGGGUGCAAGAUGGGUUAUACUACUAUGAAAAGUUGAUGAAUGAAAUGGGAGUUGAACCGGGGUUAGAGCACCACACGUGUAUUGUCGGGCUGCUGAGUCGAGCUGGACUGCUCGACCGAGCCUUGAGCUUCAUGAGGUCGGCGCCAGUCAGAUGGGAUGUUGUGGCUUGGCGAACGUUGCUAAACGCUUGUCACGUUCAUAGGAAAUAUGAUUUGGGGAGGGAAGUGGCGGAGAUGGUCAUGCAACUUGAUCCCGACGAUGUGGGGACUUACAUACUUGUUUCGAAUAUGCAUGCCAAGGCUAAGAGAUGGGAUGGGGUGGCGAAUAUACGUAAAUUGAUGAGGGAAAGAAAUAUCAAGAAAGAACCAGGGGUUAGUUGGGUGGAGAUGAAAAACAGGACUUAUGUAUUCGCUUCUGAUGAUUGUAACCAUCCUGAAUUUGCUCAAAUUUAUGAGAAAGUUAGGGAGCUGUUGGCUAAAAUUAAGGCGUUAGGAUAUGUGCCUGCGGUUGGUUCUGUGCUGCACGAUGUUGAAGAUGAGCAUAAGGAGGAUUAUCUAAGUUUCCACAGCGAGAAACUUGCGAUCGCUUAUGCGUUGAUGAAAACGCCUGAUCAGGAGUCUGCGCCUAUCAUUGUGAUGAAGAACUUGAGGAUGUGCGAUGACUGUCACUCGGCCAUCAAGCUCAUUGCUAAGGUUACUAAUCGAGAGAUAAUCGUGAGAGAUGUUAACCGAUUCCAUUGCUUUCAAGGUGGAACCUGCUCUUGUUCGGAUUACUGGUGAUACGAGAAUACUUAGCUUUAGGUAGAAAUUAGAAUAAUCCUGAUUAUCAAGUGUAGUUGGGAUGAUCAUGUUCAUCUUAUUCACCAUUCAUUUAUUUUCAAUAUUCACUUCAAAUCCUGCACAACAUUCAAAUGUAAUCAGAAUCAUGUAAUUUAAAAAUUAAAAAAAAGGUUAACAUUACGA